AUACAACUCGCAAGCAAUUGCGGUGAACCUUCACCCAUGUCACUUGGAUGCGGAAGUGAUGAUCGUGCCCCUGGCGCCACAUCCGUUCGCGCGAUCUUCGAAAGCUUGCAUCACCAAACAAACGCAACUCAACGAACUCUACGACCUCACGCCCCUCACGACUACGACCUGCCCCCGCAUAAUCCCACGAGCUGUUCUUACGCCUGAACUGAUCUUUUCGCAAGACCUGUUGUCCACGCGCAUCGCGCUCCUUCGCGCCGCUUCGUAAUCGCUCGUUCACCUACUAGCCACCAUGGUGCGCCUGUUACUCCCGUUCGCUACUUUCGCGUCUUUGCUGCCACUCGUGAGCGCAGGUAUCAAGUUCAAGACUCCGGCAGCUAGCGCAAAGUUGACAGCGGGCACCUCGAUUUCAGUGGAGUGGGAAGAAGGUGGCACCGGGCCUACUAUCGCCAAUCUGUUGACUUAUCAGCUGUUUCUCUGCGCGGGAGGAGACACAGCUGAUGUGCAGGUCACGUACCCUAUCACGACAGCUGGCAAUUUCGCAGUAGGCGGCAACAAAGCUUCAGUCCUGAUUCCAAAAACUGUCGGAGAGGACACGGACAAUGCAUACUUCGUUAAAAUGAUCGCAGUCGGAAAACUCGGCGGCGAACUGACUACAUACUCGGACCGCUUCUCCUACUCAGGCAUGACCGGCACCUGGACUUCUGCAGUUGAGACUGCCCUGAAAGAUGUGUCUGGCACCUCUGGUCCCGCGACGACAGACAACACCGUGAGCUCUGACGACAACACGGUGUCUAGUGCUGUUGCGGACAGCAACUUCGACGUCGAGUACACUAUGCAGACGGGUGCAACGAGAUAUGCACCUAUGCAGCCUGUACCCCCCAAGACGGUCACCGCGAAGAAUACGAAGCCGUUGUAUCCUACCAGUAGCGUUGUUAUUGCGAAGACAAGGCUCCCGAUUCCGAGUGUGCAAACUACAGUCACAAUGAGUCAGACAGCUUCUUUUAGCAGUAAGGUGAACGAUGCCUCUGCAGCGUCUCAUGCGACCGACGACAUGGCAAAGUUCCUUGCGCGUUGGAAGGAUUAGAUAUCUGCAUCUAAGGUUGUUAUUCGAUCUUUGUCACGAGCGACAGUCCAAAGGGUCGUUAUU